AUGCGGCGAAGAACAGGAGAGGUACGAAUAGUGGAGGUCGGUCCACGCGACGGAUUACAAAAUGAAUCGACAUCCAUACCGUUGGAGACUAAGAUUGAGCUCAUACGGCGUCUAGCUCAGACUGGUGUAAGGGAUAUCGAGGCUGGAUCCUUUGUUGCACCAAAAUGGGUGCCUCAGAUGGCAAACUCAUCAGAAGUCCUCAAUUACCUCCUUGGCCACCCUCCUGCUGCACCAGUCCCGAUUGCGUUCAACUUCCUUGUCCCCAAUCUCAAAGGCCUCCAGAACUUCCUUAAGGCCUCGGACGACGACAAUGCUCCCAUCACCUCAUCUGAAGACCCGAACAAGAUGCCUACAACACCUCCGUUACUAAAGCCUGAUGAGAACGGAGAGACAGGGGAGCAGGGGCCGAUGAUAUCAACCGAAGAUCCAAAUAAGAUGUCUUCAGACACAUCAAGCAAGGACAAUUCGAUACAGCCCAACAACUCGUCUGCGUUCUCCAACUCAAUGGAGGUAUCUCUAUUCACUGCAGCGACAGAAGAAUUCUCCAAAAAAAACACCAAUUGCACGAUCGCAGAAUCACUGGAACGAUGUAGGCCGAUUGUGUCCCUUGCAAAGUCGCGGAACAUCCGAGUGCGUGGCUACGUAUCGGUAGCACUUGGCUGUCCGUAUGAAGGUCCUGACGUUCCUCCGGCGAAGGUGGCAGAAAUUACUGCAACUUUGCUGGAAAUGGGUGCAGAUGAAGUCUCUGUAGCAGACACCACUGGCAUGGGCACAGCACCGAAGACCCAAGAGCUCCUCAAAGCCCUGUUCGGAGCUGGGAUAUCCGCCAAGGACUUAGCAUUGCAUUUGCACGACACGUAUGGACAGGCCCUCGUCAAUGCUGUGGUGGGAUUAGAGCAGGGCAUCAGGACGUUCGAUAGCAGUGUCGGUGGGCUAGGCGGUUGUCCAUACUCGAAAGGCGCUACUGGGAACGUUGCGACAGAAGACCUCCUCCAUUGCUUGCAUAGCCUUGGCGCCAUCACGGGAGUAGACGUUGAGAAGAUGGCAGAAAUUGGCAAUUGGAUAUCCAAAGAACUCGGCAGACCCAACGAUAGCCGAGCAGGGAAGGCUUAUCUGGCAAGGUUAUCUUCGUAG